UGAUAAGUGUCGUUUUGAAAGCAACUAAACUUCUUUUGCAUGAGCAAUAUAUUGCAUGUAAAUAUGGCGCUAGUAAUGGGUUUCUUGUGAAUUUUUCCUACGUAUGACUCUGUCGACCUUCACUUUUCCAUUGUGUAGUGCUGUCUUCUGUUUAGUAACAGUAGAGGGCUUUAUCAAAUCAGCAUGGAGAGUAGGCAUUCUCUUUAUUGAAAGCUACAAUCUUCCUGCCUAAAAUUUUCAACAUAUUCUUUUAUUUAUAGAGUGGUCUUUUGCAAAAUGAGAAGGUAAGAGAUGAACACAGUUCAGUAACACAAUGUCAACAUUGUCCCCACCACCUUCCUCUGUCACUAAAACAGUGCAAAUGUUUGCAGGUGCACAUUUGUGCUAAAGGCCUGUUCUAGGUUUUCUUAUUCAAACAAGUUCACUGUUAGACCCCCUCCGAGCCUCAGGGUGCUCAGGUUACUUUUUAUGUUGCAUACGUGUAUUUAUAACCACACAACUUCCAUGACGUGUGGUCAGACGGAGGCUGCAGGGUUCACUGCUCAGUAGGAAGACCCCAUAGAGAACCACACUGACACACUGCUGCCUUGCACAAUGCUUCAUAAGAAUGAAGAGAACAUUUGAAGCAUUUAAGAUUUUGGGUUUCCAAAAUUUGAAAAACUUUCAUUUAAGACCCAGUUCCUAAAAGUUGGGAAGUUUUUAAAAUGCCAGUGAAACAGAUUGUGAGGAUUUGCAAAACAUUGAACACCCAUAUUUACCUGAUGAUGGCACAAAGAUGUCUUAACGAAUGCUGAAAUAUAAAGGUGUUCUUAGCAAGUUAUAUGCCAGCUUUGAAUUAGAUGACUUGUUCAACACAUUUCAAGAAUGUUUGGACAGGGUCAUGUUUAUCACUCUGCUGCAUCACUUUUUUAAACAACACUCUAUGAAUAUGAGGACUAAGAGGACCAAUACAGUGUUUCUGUUGAAAAAAAUGUUGAAUUGUUGCACUUUGUACAAGCACAGACUUUAAUAAAGUAGUGAACCCCUUCGCAUUCCUACUCCAGAUAAGUCUGAUAGUCUGUUUCUGAAGCAGAGAGCAGAGAAGCUCAAGUCAGAGCAGCUGGAUCACAAGUUCACAUGAAUAAGGAAAAGAAUAUGGAGAAGUGUGUAUAUGAGCUUUGGCAAAUUAGGUGUUCAGCAGGAGACAACUGGUGGGUUUGUGGAGGCUGAGAUCCUGGAAAAUCUGGACUAGGUAGUCUUAACACUGAGGUUCCCAGUCCAGAGGCCAGGGGCUGGGCCUGCAGGAAGUUGGUUGUGAGGGAAUGGCAGGGACAGCCUUGAGUAAGACCUGAACGUGCAGUCGUCAGUCCUCCUGUUUGUAACGCACCUAGGCUAUGAAGGCCUGGAAGACCACAGACUCACAGUGCAUGUUGAGCUCAUUGCGGCUGAUGAGGGUGACCAGCUGGCAGCAAGACAAGUUAAAUGACUUCUCCGGAGUGGCCACCUGGCUAAAGUUCAUGUAAAUGUACUUGUGGGCCUUCUGUUGCAGCUCUGUGCAGCCGAUCUGCCCAGCAAAGUUGGCCAUGCUGAUGGCGUUGCUGGGGUUGAGCUGCUGGACAAGGAAGUCACAGCAGGAUUUGACAAAGCUGUCCGUCUCUUUGCCUGUACUGGGUUUAUUUGCUUUUAAUUUGCUUCCUGUUCUGACAGAAUGUUGAAAAAUAGGCAGGAUAGUUGACGGACGGUCUGUACCUGCUGUUUUAUUUUGAAAUUGGCUGGAUGCUCUGUGUGGUCUUUCAGUGUCUUCCUGUUUGGGUUGAUCUGCUCUGUGCAGACACAUGCUUGCUGGCAUGUGUAACACAUAGUGCUAAAAAUAGAAUCAAGCAGAGUUGAGUGGUGCUAAUGGCACGUGUCGAUGGAUCCCAGCUCACGCUGUGGAAAUCCAAGGACUGGCUAAAAAGGGGGCAAUUUGUUCCACAGUGCGAAAGGAGCCCUGUACAGACUAUGUGGCGGUGGGGGUUAGCUUCCAUGGGAUGCUCAUUUUACAUCCAGUCUUGUUACCAGCCUGUUGUCGGUACACCUUCUUUACAGUGAGAUGCUUCAUCAGGUGUUUUUUUUUUCUUUUUUUGUUUUACAACUCUUCCAGUCUUUUGUUGCCACAUCCCAACCUUUUUGAAAAGUUUAUUGACAUUAAACUCAAAAUUAGCAUAAUUUUAGCAUAUUUUUUCCCCAAGACAGUAACAAAGUCUGUUUGAAACCUUUGAUAUGUUGUCUUUUAGCUAUUUUCAAGAAGAUAUGGGGAUUAAAUGCUUUUCAAAUAAUCACAUUCUGUCUUAACAUUUAACAAAGCGUCCCAGCUUUUAAGGAAAUGGCUUAUAUUCCAAAAGCCUGAUAAUUGUUACAUGUAAGUUUUUUUUUAUUUAAAGCAUAGUUCCUCUUGAUUUUCAAAUAUUCGUGUCUUUUAAAUUGCAUGUUCUACACAUCAGAUGCACCAAUUUUCCAAAGCAUUCAGUGUUUUUGGUUUUCAUUCAUUUAAUAUGCAAUAAGGUUACAAAAGCAAGCCUCUUAUUUUGUGCUAGAAUGAAUAAAAAUCAGUAUUGUAUAAAUUGGUACUUGUUGAGGGUCAUAUUUUUGUGUAAGUAUUCAUUUUUGGGGGGAAAAAAACAACAAAACCACAGAAAGUAAGCUAAACAGUGCAGUUGUGGAAGGACUUGUUGGUGAGGCAAUGAUUAGGAUUUAUGAUUUACAGUUUUUCUUCCUUUUAAUCCUACUUUCCCCUGAAUAUUUCCAACGUGUUUUAAAAGGGGCACUCGAAGACUUGGAUCUGUCUUUUUCUGGUCCCAACAGAUGAGAACUUCACUCUCAAACACGACAAAGCCUUCCUGUUGUCCAUGGCCAACCGAGGGAAGGACACCAACGGCUCACAGUUUUUUAUAAACUCUAGCAUCCUGCUCUUCCAAGCACGACAAAGAUGGCGCCUCACCUCGAUGGAGUCCAUGUCGUCUUUGGUCUCGUCAUCUCUGGUUUUGAAGUGAUAAAGAAGAUUGAGGGACUGAAGACGGACCCAGCCAGCAGACCCUACGCUGAUGUGAGAGUGAUAGACUGUGGACAACUUUUCACAAAGUCUGCUAACGAUGUACUUGAAGGCAAGAGAAAACAUCACUCUCAUUCUGCAGAAUCGUCCCAGAAUUCCCUCGACUCAUCGUCUCAGCCCUCCUCUUCAGAAAAAUCUGAGAGUGAAUCAGAUGAGAAGCACAAACAUCAAAAGCACAAGAAACAUGCGAGUAAACAGUUGAAAAAGAAAAGGAAGGAAUCAAAAAAGCUGAAGAACACUCAUGAUCUCCAUCCAAAGCAAAGUCCUGUGGACAGAGGGACUGUGGACGGAGAGAAUGAAGUGGACGGAGAGAAGGAGCAGAGCAGCAAGAGAGAGAAGCCCGUCGUCAGACCAGAGGAAAUCCCACCAGUGCCAGAGAACCGCUUCCUGCUGCGACGGGACAACGCUUCUCAGGAAGAUAAAAACACACAGAUAGUUGAGAGAGAAGAGCCGUCUCUGUCAGUUGACCAGAAGCCAGCCAUCUCCAAGUCGGGACGGAAGAUCAAAGGCAGAGGGACGAUGAGAUAUCACACCCCCACAAGGUCUAAGUCACGUUCUGCGUCCGUGGAGGAGCGCGGCAGCAGUGAAACUCCGCCACACUGGAAAGAAGAGAUGAAGAGAACCAAAGUCUAUCAGCCACCGAGCAUCGAAAGAUGGAGCAAAGGAGACAAAUGGGAUGACAGAAGUGACUCUGCGUGGUCCCGGUCUGCAGAACGAUCCUCAGACGGUAGCUCAGUGAGGUCCCCGCUGCACCACAAACAGAAGAAAGAGAAGAAAAAAGCCAAACACAAGAAAAAAGCCAAAAAACGGAAACACAGCAAGAAGAAAAGCUCCAAGGUCAAAGCUCAAGAGACCUACCUGUCAGAUGGAGAGAGGUCUGCAUCCUCCGGAAAAAAGUCCAGGAGAUCCCGCUCUCCGUCCUGCUCCUCCUCAAAUCAGCAUCAUUCAUCACCAUAUAGACGACGGCAGUCCUCACUGUCGUACUCCAGAUCAUACACAUCCAGUCGGUCCAGAUCUAGAGGGAGAUCACGGUCCUAUUCACGAUCCAGAAGCCUUUCUCGAUCUAGAAGUCGGUCUCUGUCUCCAUCGAGAUCACUGUCCUAUUCUCGAUCUUGCUCCAGAUCUCGAUCCAGGUACAGAUCCCGCUCUCCAUCCAGAAAGAGGAGUUCAUCCAGAUCUCCAAGAAAAAGGAAAGCUAACAAGCUCAAAGUGGAUGCAUUGAUUCCUGAGAAACCUCCAGAAGGCAAAGUUCCAACUGUACCAAGGCUCCCCACUGUCCCGCCUCCUGAAAGCGUCCCUGUGAUCCCGCUGAGUGACAGUCCUCCCCCGUCACGCUGGAAACCAGGCCAGAAGCCGUGGAAGCCUUCCUACAUCCACAUCCAGGAAAUUAAAGCGAAAGUAGCUUCAAGUAGCAUUUCCUCUGCUGGAAAAACGGCUGACAGCGCUUCUGAGAAAACCCAGACUUCACCAAAGCAUCUACCAGGUGAGUCUGAAAGCGUCCAAACAAACAGACCUUCAGGACGCUCACAAAGUAGAUCAUCAAGGAGCAAGUCAUACAGCCGCUCCCGGAGCAGAAGCUACAGUAGGUCCAGAUCCAGGUCAUCAUCCUACAGCAGAUCAGGCUCUGAAAACUCCCAGAAAACUAGCAGCCAUAGGAAGAAUUUGCUUAACAAGGAGUGGAAGGAGUAUUACAGCUCUCUGAGGAGGAUAAAACAUUUAGACAAGUACAUUUCACUGGAAAGUAGUCGAGAUGCUCAGCCAGGAUCGGAAAACGAGGCAGGAUGGGAGCAGGAGUCUCUGGAGAAAACAAAAGAGAAAAACAGCUCUCAGGAUGGAGAGAUGAAACAUUGCAGCUCAGUUCCAGCUGAGAGCUUUAACAGCAGGUCUGAAUGGGACAGUGACAGCGAUAAAGUGAGCCAAAGUAACAGCGCCACCCUGUCAAGAAAGCACAAACAAGCAGCUCAGUCUGGUGAAUAUGUCAAUAAAAAGUUGUCUGGAUGGAACUCAGAAAGCGACCCUGAAAAUAUCACCACCAGAACAUCGGCUGUAUCUGAAAAAGAAGAAGGUGAGGCGAGUUCAGAAUCCGAAUACGAGGCUUCCAGAAAGACGUCAGAGGCAGCGGUCGCUGCCAUCACAUCUGAGGAAAGUCCUGCGAAGGAGCCUGAGAGACACAAGAGCAAGAAGAAAGCCAAACGUAAACACAAACACAAGAAAAGAAGCGAGAACAAAAGCGGAGCACAUCACAGUAAAGACAAAGGGAAGAGAUCCAAGAGGAAACAUCAGAAGCUGAAAGAGACUUUUCACUGGCAGCCACCGUUAGAGUUUGGAGAGGAGGAGGAAGAAGACGAGUUAAGACGGGAGAAACGCAGUCCUGGAAGAGCUGUGAAAGAGAGACCAGGUGGUGAGAGUGUUAGUGAAAACCAAAAUGUGAACAAGAAUGCUGCAAGAGAAGAAGAAAGGGGGCAACAACGAGAGAAAGAAAGUAGUUGCAGAAACCUGAAACAUGCUGAGACUCAUCAUCAGUCAUCUAACAAGAACGGUGGUAAUUUACCUAAUGUCAAAGAGCAAGAGUCACUAGAGGACAUGGACAUUUGUACUCCAGAGCAUGAUGUUGAGAUAGAAGAACCCCCUGUUACACAGGAUCAUCAUAAUGAUGCUGAGUCAGCCUUUAAAUCUGCCCCAAAGUCUGCAGAUAUGAUUUCAGGUAACAGCAAAGAGAAUCCCUCUUUAAACUCAACUACAACACCUGGUGAAAAGCAGGAAGAAGAAACCACGGAUAAACCUCUCAUUAGUUUCAAAUGGAGGCCUUUGAAAGGAACAUCAGCUCUACAGAAUGCAAACAUGCAUCAAGUCAUGGUCAAAAACGCCCAGCUUCAAGAGACCACCAAAGCCGAAGGAGUCAGAAUGGAGAUCAAGAGCAAAAGCCGGGUCAGGCCGGGAUCUCUGUUUGACGAAGUUCGGAAGACGGCUCGGCUCAACCAGCGGCCGAGGAACCAGGAGAGUUCCAGUGAGGAGAGAUCUCCCUCGGCAGGGAAGAAAACGAGGGCAGCAUCACGCACUAGCUCCCCAAAGAAGACAAAGAAAUCCAGGUCCACAUCCAGGAAGUCUCGCUCCGUCUCCAGCCACCGGUCACGCUCCAGAGGUUGGUCUCACUCCUACAGCCGGUCCAGAAGUCGAUCCCGCAGCUCCAGCUACUCCUCCAGGAGCCGCAGUAGGAGUCAUGGGAGACGCAGAAGAGGACGAUCACACUCUCGUAGCAGCACAUAUCGGAGUUACAGGAGUCACAGUCGGACCUACAGUAGGAGUCAUUCAAGGAGUCGCUCAUAUACUCGACAUCGGAGAUCCAGGUCAGACUCCUACGACAGCUAUUCAAGUCGGAGUCGGAGUGCGAGCAGGAGAAGAGGCCGCGGCCGAAGUGACAGCUACAGAAGCUCAGACCGCCGUUCCCGGUCAUAUCGCUCCUCCAGUCGCAGUUCAUCCAGGCGCAGAAGUCACAGUCAGAGCAGUCGGUACAGUUGAUCCUCAAACUGAGAGGGAACAAAACCACCAAGUCUUGACACUGAGAAACACUUGCUAGUUAUUGUUGCUAUAUUAAAACAACAAUAACUGAAGCUUGUAUGGCAAAAAAUGUAAUUAAUCCUGUGCUUUAUGAGCUGUUAUGGCAGUGUUUGAGUUGAAGAAUGUAACGUUAGCCACAGGAAAGAAACUCAAGAUGUCUAGAGGUAUAAAAACAAUUUCUGUUUAUAUAAUCUGUAUAUAUUUAAAAGAAUAUUGUAUAUUUGUGUAACCCUUUUCUACUUUUGUUUUAUGAACUGUUAUGAACACGUUAACUAUAAAAUUCUUAUCUUUGAGAUCUGAGUUGUUGGAGGGGCGUGGUUGGUACUUUUUGCUUUUAAUGCAGGGUCAGCAAGUGGGAUUGUUUAUUAAAAAAAAAAAAGUUUAGCAGCAGUUCAAGCUGUACUUGUCUUUAUUCCAGUUGUUUUAAUACUGUACCAUGAAUGUUUAAACUGUACUCAAAGUAUAGUGUGCUCUUUUUUUUAUUUUAUUCAAACAGUUAUGAAUGUUUACACUGAAUAAAUACCACUUUUGAGGUU